AGGCCGGCCUCACUUGCUUUCUUCAUCCAGCCCCAGCUUUGCUCUCCCUUGUCUUAACUUACCACUUUCCCGCCAGCCUUCUGACUUAUCACAUCUCUCUCUCUUUUUCAUAUAACCUCUCUAUCAUCUAUCAUCCUUCACAAUGCCUGAACUUCCUAAGCUCCACCCUGAAGUCACAUGGGCUCAGCGCUCCUCCAGCACUGAUGCCGAGCGCAAUUACCUCUACGUGAGCCUCAAGGCUCCCGAUGUUCCCCGUUCCUCCGCCACCCUCAACAUCACCCCCAAGAAUGUUACCUUCGCCGGAGACUCCAAGAAGGGUGUGAGGUACGAGGUCUCGUUGGAUCUGUUUGCCGAGAUCGACCCCGAGAACUCCAAGACGAACCACAGCGACCGUGAAGUCGAGCUGGUCCUGCGAAAGAAGGAGCUGAAGGAGGAAUACUGGCCCCGUCUGUUGGAGACGAAGCAGAAGGUUCACUUCCUCAAGACCGACUUUGACAAGUGGGUCGAUGAGGAUGAGCAGGACGAGGCUCCCGAAGAGGAUUACGCCAACAACUUCGGUGGUUUCGAGGGCCUUGGUGACCAGGGUGGCCUCGGAAACAUUGACUUCUCUAAGCUCGGCGCUGGCCUUGAGGGCAUGGGCGGUGCUGACGCCGGCGCCGGCGGUGCCGAGGAGGGUUCGGAUGAUGACGAGAUGCCCGAGCUCGACGAGGGCGACAAGAAGGCCGAGGGCUCUAACGCCAAGAUCCAGGAGGUCUCUUAAAUGGUGAAAUGUGCUUAGCUUUUGGAUUCACUUAUGAUUCACAAAAUAAGAAGCAAUGAAAAUUCCUGAUGACGAACGACGAAACUUGUGCAAGCUUGCUUUAUCCGGGACCAUGAUGGUUAGCCACUGCUACGGCAGGUUCAUAUGCGAUUAUGACGUGAAGAGGAGAGAUCAAAUGGGGAUUAUUGUUUUUCGAACCCGAACGCAUUCACGGAAUGGAUGGCGAAGUGAUAAACUAUCGGUUGUUAGGAUCAAUAUAACUGAAUUAUGGAAUCUAAUAAUUCUGUAGGGCUGAGAGAGCAGGGUUGCUGGCUAGAGUACCUCUAUCUUGGCGCCCUACUGUGAUAAGGAAGAUGCAAAUGGUCGAAUGGCGACCGUAAUAAUACUGCCUAGUUUUGUGAUAUUGUUCAAUCUAGGCUCAAGUGACGUCCUCAGUUGUAGAAAAAUGGUCCGUGUGUAUCAAAAGUAGAGCCUAUUACGUCGUCUUGCCCUAAAUAAAAUUGCAGUUGUUCACUAUAUUGGACAACAAGAACCUUCGAUUGCAUACGUAGUACGGAGUAAGUAGUUAGAACAACCAACAUUGUUCGUAGGAUGACCUAUCAUAUGAAAGAUCAUUAUAUCAGCAGCAACGAGGAAGAUGGUAGGUCGCUGACCCCUUGGCGGAAGGAGAAAAAAAAAAGAGAUUGGGUGGUCUCGUCACAGGUCUGCUUGUGGUUGUGCCGCCACACGCACCUUAGCUAAGAAAGGAUGAAACCCACCACAUUGAAAAUGUGGAGGAGAGCGAACUGAACUUGCAACUUCCCGAGAUCAACCACCCAAAAACGCCCCCCC